AUGUCCAAGAAUUGCUUUGCUGGAAAACUGCAGCUUGCAGUGGGAAGGCACAUGUUGCAUAAAAGACUAUUAAUGGCCUUCCAUUUACAACAUGCUUUGCUUGACAAGGAAAAGUCGGCACUUUUAAUUCUGCUCUCCCAUUUAUGCCAUUGCAAUCUCAUUCAUUCCCAGACAAGUGCUUUUUUACAAGCUCUGCAAGGGGAACUGGCUUUUGUGAGCACUAAGGGAAUUUGGCAUGCUGGAUUAAGAGCAUCACGGCAUGCUCAGGCAAUUGGAAUUACCCUUAGGCAAACUUUUGCAAAAACCGUGCUAGGUGGUUCACAUUAA